UAAUCUGCUCUUCCUUCUCUGGGAAGACAUACCUCUUGUUCUCAGUGGAGUCUCUGCUUUUAGUAUCCCAGAACCAGCUCACUACAAUCAAGAGCAAGGACUUUGGCCUCCUUGGUGGUGAGGCAGGGGUCAAGGUUGCAGUCAAGUAGCUCGGCCUUUGUAUAUUCACCCUGCACGAAGACUGUUUACAAGCCAGCCAAUCCCAACUGGUAGCACGGGGGUGGGUGGGCCCUAACCUUCAGACUCUUGCCAGUCCUGGGCUUGAAUAGACUUAUUAAGUAAGGUUCUUACUGCCUUCCCUCAAGGAGAAUCUGUAAUAACUGUCAGAAACUCAACAAGGCACUCAAAUGAAUCAAAGCUCCCACCAGUGGGGUUUUAAAGUUGGGAAUAUACUGGUAGGCCAUAGCUUUUCAAGAGACAGGAGCCACCACUUUCUCCUCCUGGGGUGCUUUCUCUAGAGUGGCCCCGCCCUGGUAUGUACCUCUCUCCACCUUCCCCUGCAGCUAAGAUCUUGGCGAGCCAGUAGAGGGUGGGCCAGGAAAUAUAUAAAAGACAUCAAGUCUUGCCUCGGUUGGGAGACUUGGCCAAAGUAGAGUUUAGUAGUCGCAGAAGAGCACUUGGAGGAGCUGUUACCCUAGCACUGAGCUGAGACCCUGCAUGAAGACUUGUCCUGGAAUUGGGGCCCAACCUGCUGAGCCAGGCCGCCCACUCCUAAUACCUGGAACCUGACCUAUGACUUGAGUCCCCGCCUCAUCCAGUCUACAGCCCGGCGACCCAGCACGCCCUCUGCGCUCCCAAUACUCGGCCAUCAGCCCGAUCGCCGGGCUGUGCAGGGGUCCUCAGAAGUUAUGGAGGUCCUGGCCCUGGCCAGAUACCGUGCGCAGACGGAGGACGAACUGAGCCUGGCGCCAGGAGACGUGGUCCGGCAGGUUUGCGCCGGGGCAGCCCGGGGCUGGCUGCAUGGGGAUCUGCGGGGCCGCCGCGGUCUCUUUCCCAAGAACCUGGUGCAGGAGAUUCCCGAGGCCCUGUGGGGCAUCACUGAACCCAGACCACGCUGUGUGCGCAGCCGCGGUCGCCCCGUCAACUCUCAGGGCCCUCAAAGAUGGUGCAAAGUGAACUUCAACUACAGUCCAGAGCAGGCAGACGAGCUAAAGCUUCAAACUGGGGAGAUUGUGGAAGUGAUAAAGGAGAUUGAGGACGGCUGGUGGCUGGGGAAGAAGAACGGGCAGUUGGGAGCCUUCCCAUCCAACUUUGUGGAAUUGCUGGACAGUGGGCCCCCAAGUCUUGGAAACACAGACAUGCCUUCAGUCAUCCCUAAUCCACCAAGGCCUCCUAAACUGAGCAGCUUGACGUAUGACAGCCCUCCAGACUACCUGCGGACAGUCUCCUGCCCUGAGACCUGCAGGGUCCUGUUUGACUACCAUCCUGAGGCCCCGGAUGAGUUGGCGCUGCACAAGGGGGACCUGGUGAAAGUUCUAAGGAAGACAACAGAGGAUAAGGGCUGGUGGGAAGGAGAGAGCCAAGGCAGGAGAGGACUGUUUCCCGACAACUUCGUGCUCCCACCACCCCCCAUCAGGAAGCUGGUCCCACGAAAAAUUAUAUCUCGGGAUUUAGCUCCUGUUAAGGAACCAAACAAGCUGAUGCCCAAAACAUCCCUACCCUCUAUCAAGAGGCUGGCAGCAGCUGCCUCUGCACCUAACAAAGCCAAGAUAUCUCCGACACUCAGUGGGGACAGCCAGAAACGCCCCUUCCGUGACUCUGGCUUCCAUGGCAGCUUCCUCAAUGGAGGGCCCAGACUACCUGGGCGAAAGCAAACCAGAAAUCAGGCUUACCAACAGCAUUCUGUAUUCAGUCAGAAAGAUGAACAGAGAAGACCUCGGAAGGCCACCUCCACAAAUAAAACCCCCACUGCAGAUAAGACCCUUGGCCCAGAAAAGAUCCCAGCUCCCUACAAAGUCUCCACUCCAGAGAAAGCCCUGGAUUCUGACAAAAUUCCCACUGCAAAGAAUACCACUGUGGACAAGGCUGUCACUACAGAAGAUGAGGCCCCUGCCCUGGAGGCCCCAACUAAGGAUGAAACCGUUGACCUGAAGACAGCCCUUCAUGCUGACAGUGCCCCUGUACUAAUAAAGAUCCUGUCCCCAGAGAACGUGCUUUUUGAAGAGGACCCUUUUAGAGACAACACUCAGUGGCAGCGUUUGCCUCAGGAAGAAACCACACAGGCUUCUGAGUCUCUUGCAUCUCCAAAUGACAUCGAGGUGCCAGGGGAGAACUCUCAACAGUCUGACUCAGAGGGGUGGUGUUGCUCUAAGAUGAGCCAUGGGGACAGCUCCCUAGCCCAUUCCAGGGCUAAGGAUGAGUCUGCCGUGGAGGCCACCUUUCCACCAGCCAAAGAUGAGACAACCCUGAAAGAGACACUCCCCAACGAAAAGCUGCCUUCUGAAGGGGAGGGCUCCCCACAGCAGGCGCCUCCUAAAGAGCCAGUCUCUAUCAAGCAGAUUCUGGAUCCUGAAGAAUCCCCCACACUUCAUCUGGUCCCACCAUCCUCUUCCAAAAGCAAGAGUGGCAGCGUGGAUGUCGCAUCAUUAAAGGAAGAGGUGGGGUCGUUAAGGAGCGCGCUAGAGCUUCUGGAGUUGAAGCUGGAACAGAAGAUGAGCGACGUUUGGGAGGAGCUGAAGACCGAGAAAGAGAAGCUCCAGUCGCUGGAGGUUCAGUUCAUGCAGAGGACCCAGAAGUCCUUCAAACACGCGCAGGUACAGACAGAAACACAGACGGAAUGAGGGCGGGAUCAGGCGGAACCUCACCCCGACCUGGAGGGAUGUCCAUCCUGCUCGGGCCACCCUGGUCCUUACACACAACUUUGAGAAACUCCAAGGAAGUAAAAACUCUGAACUCUUAGUCCAUGUGGGGCGGGGCCGGCCAGCACACCGCCCUCCGCAUUCCUGGCACUCUCUCUCCGGGGCACAUCUGGCCAACAUGUGGCUCCCAUUACCAUUCUCAAGGCCUAUGCAAGGCUAUUUUUAUCCACCGGAUGGUUGGGGGCAGGGGUAGUCUCCUUCGGACGCCAGCUCCGUGCUGGAUGCUGGGUGGAGGGGCCCAGACCUUCCUGGGUUUGGGAACCCAGCUGUGCACUAAAGGGGUGGAGGCAGCCUUCUCUGGGUCCAGCUCCUCCCACUUAGCGUCUUCCCUAAGGGGCUUCUGUGUCCACUCAUUUGGAAUGAUGCUCAGAAGCGAACUCCUGGUUUUGCUCAGGCACUAAGUCUAAUAGAAUUAGCCUGAGGCUUCCCUGUAUGAUCGCAGUGACAUCCCAGGGUAGGUCAUAGGGUAGGGGACUAGGUGACAUUUGUCCAAGCGUUGGACAGUAAGUAACAUUUGUGAGGAAUGCCUGGAAUACCCGUCCUGUGUACGAGUGCAAGAGGCGUGUCUCGGCCUGGUUCUUUGGUCUGUGAAGUGAGCACAGGCAUGCACUGGACGGCUCCCCAGAGAGGGUGCAACCCGCAAAAGCAGUGACACCCACAGCCCCGGGACUCCCCUACCAGGCCGGAGCCUGGGGGUGGGGGGCUGCUGAAAACAGUGGUGACUAAAUGAGAGACCGAGUCGCUGAAA